AUGAGCUACAUGAAGAAAGAUGAAGACGCUGAUCAGGUCAUGAUCAAGCUUGAUCGGACCUCUGUGUUCCAAGAUGCUCGACUUUUCAACUCCUCUCCGAUCUCGCCGCGAACAUGCCGUACAUUAUUGACCAAGAUUGCUGUCCUCAUCUUCACUGGGGAGCAGUUCCCCACAAACGAAGCCACCACGCUCUUCUUCGGUAUCUCGAAGUUGUUCCAGAACAAGGACCCCUCAUUGCGACAGAUGGUUUAUCUCAUUUUGAAGGAACUGGCCAACACCGCCGAGGAUGUUAUCAUGUCGACUAGUAUCAUCAUGAAGGAUACCGCGGUCGGAAGCGAUGUCCUGUACCGAGCCAACGCCAUCCGAGCCCUUUGCCGUAUCAUUGAUGGAUCCACCGUCCAGGGUAUCGAACGUCUCAUCAAGACCGCCAUUGUCGACAAGACUCCCUCCGUCUCCUCCGCUGCUUUGGUCUCCUCUUACCACCUUCUCCCGAUCGCCCGGGAUGUUGUCCGCAGAUGGCAAAGCGAAACACAAGAAGCAGCUUCUUCUGGAAAGCAGUCUUCUGGCUUCCUGGGCUUUUCUUCCAGCUCCCAGUCCCACGCUAUCUCCCAGACCAAUUUCAUGACCCAGUACCACGCAAUUGGUCUUCUGUACCAGAUGCGUUCUCACGACCGCAUGGCAUUGGUCAAGAUGGUUCAGCAAUACGGCGCAGCUGGCGUGGUAAAGAGCCCAGCUGCUUUGGUCUUGCUUGUUCGUCUGGCUGCUAAGCUGGCGGAAGAGGACACUGGUCUCCGGAAACCCAUGAUGCAAAUGUUGGAUGGCUGGCUCCGCCACAAGCACGAAAUGGUCAACUUCGAGGCUGCCAAGGCUAUUUGCGAUAUGCGCGAUGUUACCGACGGCGAGGCUUCGCAGGCUGUGCACGUCUUGCAAUUGUUCCUGUCUUCUCCUCGAUCUAUCACGAAGUUCACUGCUAUUCGCAUUCUCCACAACUUUGCUUCGUUCAAGCCGCAAGUUGUCAAUGUGUGCAACCCAGAUAUCGAGGGACUCAUUUCUAACUCUAAUCGCUCUAUCGCUACAUUCGCCAUCACUACUCUGCUGAAGACCGGUAAUGAGGCUAGUGUUGAUCGUCUCAUGAAGCAAAUCUCCGGCUUCAUGGCUGAUAUCACCGAUGAGUUCAAGAUUACUAUUGUCGAGGCUAUUCGCACUUUGUGUCUGAAGUUCCCUAGCAAACAGGCUGGCAUGCUGGUGUUCUUGAGUGGUAUCCUGCGUGAUGAGGGUGGCUAUGAGUUUAAGCGCACUGUCGUCGAGAGCAUGUUUGAUCUGAUCAAGUUUGUUCCUGACAGCAAGGAAGAUGCUCUUGCUCAUCUUUGCGAGUUCAUCGAGGACUGCGAGUUCACUAAGCUUUCUGUUCGUAUCCUGCACCUGUUGGGUGUUGAAGGCCCUAAGACAUCGCACCCUACGAAGUACAUCCGCUACAUCUAUAACCGUGUUGUUCUGGAAAAUGCUAUUGUCCGUGCCGCUGCUGUCACUGCUCUGGCCAAAUUUGGCGUUGGUCAGAAGGACCCCGAGGUCAAGUCUAGUGUCCACGUUCUCCUUACCCGCUGUCUUGACGAUACCGACGAUGAAGUGCGCGACCGUGCUGCUCUCAACCUCCGAUUGAUGGGUGCCGAAGACGACACGGCCGGUGCAUUUAUUAAGAACGAUUCUAUGUACUCACUUUCCACCUUUGAGCACCAGCUUGUUAUGUACGUGACUUCAAAUGAUAAGGAGACAUUCGCUGCUGCUUUUGAUGUUGCUUCUGUGCCCGUUGUCUCUCACGAGCAGGCCUUGGCCGAGGAACGGACCAAAAAGCUCACCACUGCUACGCCUACCCUCAAGGCUCCAUCUACUGGCCCUCCCAAGAGCGCCUCAAAUGGUGUCGCCGAGGCAGCCACCGCGGCAGCUACUCAGAAAUACGCCGAAAAACUCAUGCAGAUCCCCGAUAUCAAGGAGUACGGUACUUUGCUCAAGUCAUCCGCGCCUGUUGAGCUUUCGGAGAGUGUGACUGAGUACGUCGUCUCUGCUGUCAAGCACAUCUUCAAGGAGAACAUCGUCGUACAGUACGAUAUUAAGAACACACUGCCCGAUACUGUUCUCGAAAACGUGACUGUUAUCACUGCGCCAUCAGAGGAAGACGUGUUGGAGGACGACUUUAUUAUCCCUGCCCCCAAGAUCACUCCUAACGAGCCGGGAAUCGUCUAUGUUGCUUUCAAGAAGUUGGGCGGCGAGCAGGAUAUUCCCGUCAGCUCCUUCACCAACAUUCUAAAGUUCACUAGCAAGGAAAUUGAUCCAACUACUGGCGAGCCGGAAGACGAGGGAUACGAUGACGAGUACCAAGUGGAGGACCUCGAGCUCACUGGCAGCGACUAUGUCAUCCCAGCAUUUGCAGGCAGCUUCGACCACAUUUGGGAGCAGACUGGUGCCAAUGGCGAGGAGGAUAGUUCCACUCUACAACUUACAAACAUGAAGGGCAUUACCGAUGCCACCGAGCAACUUAUUUCCUCCCUGUCCCUCCAACCCUUGGAAGGCACAGACGUUGCCCUCAACAGCAGCACACACACCCUCAAGCUCUUCGGCAAGACCGUCAACGGAGGCAGAGUCGCCGCCCUCAUCAGGAUGGCUUACUCAAGCAAGAGCGGCGUCACAACGAAGAUUACAGUCCGGGCAGAGGAGGAGGGUGUUGCUGCCGCCGUGCUGUCAACUGUUACUUAA